AAGUACAAUGGCUUCGUCUUCGACAAGACCACAGUCUAAUGAUUGGGUUCAUUACUGCUUCAAAGUUAUUAUCAUCGGCGAUUACAAGGUGGGAAAGACGUCCCUUCUAUGCAAGUACACUGGCCAUCAAUAUCGCUCACCAAGCUCGACCAUAAGCGUAGACUUCCGAGCAAAAAAUUUGGAGAGGAACGGAAAGAGGGUCAAACUCCAAAUCUGGGAUAUAGCUGGACAGGAAAGAUUCCGUACGGCUGUGGCGAGUUAUUAUCGUGGAGCAGUAGGAGUAAUUCUGGUUUAUGAUGUUACGAACAGAGAGUCUUUCCGUAAUAUUGGAUACUGGCAUGAACAAAUGAGGAAAUUCUGUGACCCACAUGCGAAAGGAAUUCUUGUGGGCAAUAGAUGUCACUUGUCUCACCUACGAGAAGUCCAAGCGGAGGAAGGAAAAACUUUUGCAGAACACCUUGAGCUACCUUUCUUUGAAACAAGCACAGAGAAGAAUAUCAAUGUCAUUGCAUGUUUUGAUGAACUGGUUGACUCUAUUAUUGAACAAAUGGAAAGAGGAAGGCAGAUACGGGAAUUAACAACACUUGUGCUUCCAGCCAGUGGCGAAGAAAAUAGGAAUGUUGAAGCAUGUGCAUGCACGAUACUAUGAUAAAAACAGUGUUUAUCAGAGGGUCAUCCACGAGGCUCAAAAUCAAGGGGUAUGUUGGGAUUGCUUUAUACUCAUCCAGUUUAACUGUAUCAUGAAUCAAAAGCAUUGUUGAAUCAGAAAUCAGCUCGCUUACUCUUGCGGUGGUAUUUAUUCUGAAGUAACAACAGCAAGUGAAGACAAGUGAUGUUCACAUCCUGUCGUGUGUGUUACUUCCAAGGCUAAUAAAAUCAGUUUGCAAAAUCGGUCAGUUUGCAGUUGCUCAAAAGUCCUGAGUGCCAUCUUUAUGAAGCCGACUAAAGAUCACAAAAACUGGCUCAUCCUAUGCCACACUAACCACCCCCCCCACU